GUUUAAGGCAAAAUUAAAUAAAUAAAAAAAAAACUGGAUGGCGCUACCGGCGGUCGUGAUAGUUUCGUUUUUGCUCCGUGCAUUGUCGCGUGCGCCUGUUCCGCUAGUGUUGCAGUGCUUGGUUGCGUGUUGCGUGGCUCGAGAAACGUUGACUUCGCGGGAAACAGCCAGAAAAUGCCUCGUGUGUGUAGUGUUGAGGGCUGUAUAAACGGCCCAAGGCGCUUGGUCAGGGGCAGCGGCAGUGUUGACCCGACCGUCUCCUUUCAUUUGGUGCCGCGCUAUGAGCCCCGGUGUUCGCAAUGGCUCAGUUCUCUGCCGAUGAUAAAACGGCAAAAGGAAGAGCCAGAGAAACAAAUGGUGUGCUCUCUGCAUUUCUCGCCCUGGGAUUAUGUUUAUAAUCCUGCCCUCGGAAAGUCUCUUGGCGUGCCUCAGAGACCAGUCCUUUCUCGGGCAGCUGUUCCCUCAGUGUCGCCUUCAUCAAAUCCCCUACUGGUGCCCCUGCAACAGCAAGCUGGAGGCUCGGUUGCUAUUGCCGAGUCCGCGAUCGAAAGCGAUGCAGCUGGUGCACCUGUGGAAAUUCCAACUGAGGUACCUUGUGCUCAUCCUGAAAAGCUGCACUUUAUACUUACUGCAGGAAUGAAGUACGUUCAGAAAUUCAGUGUGUGCAUUAUACAAGUGCACGAAUGUCCGGACGAGUCCUUGAUGUCUAAGAAUGCGAAGGUAUUACAACAUUCCAUGUUUACAACAGAAGGAAUUUGUUCUGUUUUCCAGAGUGACGUUGCCGAGACCGAUAGGUUGCAGCACGAUGCAGCCACUGGGCCCGUAGGAAGGCAUGGAGAGGUACUAGCAAUAUAUACGACAUAAUAGCGGCACUGCACUGUACAAAGCAAUCUGGCCUGAGCUCGACCGGUUAAUCUGGGCAUGUGGCAGUCUCGCUCAAAUUUGGCGCAGCUGGCAACAGUCAU